GUUUUUUUUUAUUUUUUAGAUACGACUUCCUUUGAUUGUUGGGCCGUCGGGUGAUCUUUUUGUUGUUGUUGUUGUUGUUGAUAGAAUUAAGGGAUUAAUUGCGAUUUGCCAACAGAGCAAAUCUCGGCUAAACAACUUUGCCUCCCCGCUAAAUCUAAACCCUGAAACAUGGUCUCAUUUCACAUCGGUAUGAGAACAAUGAGAACUCCUUCGGGCUGCACUUUAAAUCUCAUGAGGUUUUAGGGUUGUGAGUCUCCUUUUUCUUCUCGUCACUCCCAUUGGUGAAUGUGCUCCAUGACGUCACAGGGGAGCAGCUGGAGGCUGAAUUCAAUGCUUUAAUUGUGUGUAUCAAUGCUUUGGAUAACUAAGAGCAUAUAGGUACGGUUAAACUUUUCAAAAUGUCAUGUUGCGUUAGUAUUGUUUAGUUAUCUCGCCAUGAAGAGUGCUUGAGUUAUGGCCCAACACAAUUUUUGUGAGGUCAGCCUGAUCUGUAACCUUUCCCCUCCAGAUUCUAACAAAUUCCCCAUUGUUUUUUGUUGUUGUAGCUGGUGUUGACAGCAGAACAUGCCCGGCAGAGCGUUUAAUAUCCAGUGUUUUUGAGUCCACAAGCAUCGUUACAAAGGCAACAUGACAAAAAUGUAUUACUGCAUUGUGUGUGUGUAACUUAUAGUAGGUUAGCUCCCACAACACGCUGUGUGUGAAGUGACUGCAAUGGUAAACUACAAACACUGCUUCAAUAACUGUUUUUUUUUUUUCAAUCAGUGUGAUACUGAUAUCAUGUUGGGCUGAAACUUCAAAGCACGAGUAGCUGAUCAGGGGUUGAACUUUUUUGGGAGUCUAAUAAUACAACAAGACUUUAUUUUGACUUUUUGGAUCAAUUCAUGGUCAUUUAGCAUUACACUCAAGGGACUUCUAAGUGUGUGUGUCAUGUGCCCAACUUAAUGACUUUGGUCUCUUGGACCGUCCUACUGUAUAUUCGGUUUGAAAUGAGCGUGACUGAAGAGGCCACUCAGGUAUUUAACUGUUGGGAUCAGAGCUUUCAAAAACGUCUUGAAAUCUACCCCCCCCCCAGAUCCACCGCUGCUAAAUCAGAGGCAUUCUACGCGGUAAACGAUACUUUAGAGCUGGUUAACUGCUUGUGGCCAGUGUCCAGAGAGCCGACCCACAAGAAAACAAAACGUUUGCUCUUCCCUCCAGUUAAUAAGUUCUGGAAGAACCUGAGGCUUCAGUGGGAGGAAGAUGAUCUCUUGGGAUGAAUUCUCUGACAAGUGGACGGACGGCGUUGGGAAGGACAGAGACAAAGGUCGGUCUCCACAAAGAAAACAGAGAAACGGUUUGGGGGAAUACAGACGUCUGUCUCUGGGGGACAGCACGGACGGCUCGGAGCCUUCGCCCCUGGACGCCGCACGGCUCCCCCCGCCGACCGAGACCAAGCUGUACAAGCGGCGAUGGGUCAUGCUGUUCAUCUUCAGCGCCUUCUCCGCGAGCAACGCCCUCAUGUGGCUGCAGUACGGCAUCAUCGGCGACAUCCUCCUGCGCUUCUACGGCAUCGGCACCCUGGCCAUCGACUGCCUGUCCAUGGUCUUCCUCCUCACCUACAUCCCCCUCUUCCUGCCCGUCACGUGGGUGCUCGACAACCGGGGCGUCAGGGAGGUGGUGGUGGCGGCGGCGGCCUUCAACUGCAUUGGGGCCUGGAUCAAGACGGGCACGGCCGCCCCCGACAUGUUCCCCGUGACCUUCUUCGGCCAGUUCAUGUGUUCGGUGGGCACUAUUUACAUGGGCCUCCCGUCCAGACUUGCAUCCUUGUGGUUUGGGGAGCAGGAGGUGUCCACCGCCUGUUCUAUUGCUGUUCUCGGAACCCAGCUGGGCAUCGCCGUGGGCUUCCUGCUCCCACCCAUCCUCGUGCCCAAUGUGGAUGAUGUGGAGGAGCUGGCGUCCCACAUCCGAAUCAUGUUCUACAUCAGUGCGGGAGUGGCCACCUUCAUCUUCAUCCUCGUGAUCAUCGUGUUUCAGGAGAAGCCAGAGAUCCCUCCGACUCAGGCCCAGGCUCAGUCCAGGAACAUCGCUCCUGGCGACUACUCGUACACGGCCUCCAUCUUGAGCCUGCUGCGCAACAAGCCCUUCAUGCUCCUGGUGCUCAGCUAUGGGCUGAACGUUGGCUGCUUCUAUUCUAUUUCCACGCUGUUGAACCGGAUGAUCAUUGAACACUACCCCGGUGAAGAGGUGAAUGCUGGGAGAAUUGGUCUGACUAUUGUUGUUGCUGGCAUGGCAGGGUCCCUCAUAUGUGGCAUUUGGCUGGACAGGACCAAAACAUACAAACAAACCACCUUGGCCGUUUACCUCUUCUCUCUGAUUGGGAUGCUGGUCUACACUGUCACCCUCAACCUGGGUCACCUGUGGGUGGUGUUUGUCACUGCGGGGGUUUUAGGCUUCUUCAUGACAGGAUAUCUACCUCUGGGCUUUGAGUUUGCAGUAGAGCUGACGUAUCCGGAAUCAGAGGGAACCUCAUCUGGACUGCUCAACUGCUCGGCUCAGAUCUUUGGAAUCAUUUUCACCAUCUCCCAGGGGAAGAUUAUUGAUAAAUGGGGCACUUUUGCAGGAAACAUCUUCCUGUGCAUCUUCCUGCUGAUAGGAACGGCACUGACAGGCUUCAUCAAGUCGGACCUCCGACGACAGAAAGCCAACCUUCUAAACGCGGAGGCGCAGACAGUGAAUUCGGAGAAAGCGACGGGUGACCUAGAAGGAGCCGUCCCUCCUCCGGAGGUCCUGAAAGAGGGGAAAUUCUGAAGAGGACAGACUGUAAAAGACACUAUGACGGAUUAAAAAAAAAAGAGAAAUUCUGACACGCAAACACAUUAAAAAGCGCACAUGGCCAUGGAGAGAAUAAGGCUGCUGUGAAGUGUGAAUCGUACUGAGCAGCCCUCUGUGAGGCCUGAAGAAGCAGCAGGCCUGCUUUACAUCUGAUAAAUGACAUAUUGUGUAUCGAUUCACACUAAUAUCCCAAGUGCAACUUAACUCAUCCAAAUAAAAAAAAGCACAAGUUAACCUUGCACACAGAACCUCAAUGGUUCCCACCCGUGGACAGUAAUCUCUUUAAACAUUUGAGUUCAUUCAACGUCUGCAUUAAGCACGGCCACUUGACUUAACUGAACUUUGUCCUGAGGUUUCACCCCCCCCCUGUUGUUCUACGCAUCUAGGCGCAAUAUUUAAAUUGUGAGCGUUCCUUAAUAUUGUGUGUAACUAUGUUGUGCGUCCUCUCGUGGCCAUCAGUUCAAGUCAUAUGAUCUCUGCCUGCCCUGCGGGAUCAGACGGAAGUUGUUCUUUUGUACACUGCUGAUUAUGAAAUAUAAUGGAUGCUGUGCAUCCGACUACACUUCAGUUUUCUCCUUGUUUUGCUGUGAGUGAUCUCACAAAAACAUUUGGUCGUACGCAUCUGGAUGUACAUGAGAGAGCGUCUGGAACAAGUGUUUGUUGUGUGUAAUACUACUUGGCCUGUAAAAGUGUUAAUUAUAAAUGUGGUCCCUGCUGUGUAACCAGUGUAGUUUGUCAUAAACACGUUUUACUUGAUGUGUUGUGGCAAGUUGUCUUGUGGUUUUCCUCGGCUAUGAUUAACGUUGUGAGUGUGAUUUUAGGAGGUGCUAGUUAUUCUUUCAGUUGUAUUUUUAGGACAUUUUACAGUGCUGUAAAAACAUGCACACCCCUGUUUGUUUCCCUAUUUUGACCGUAUACACCGUGUAGUGUGAAAAUGAAGUAAAAUAAAUAAUUGGACUAAA